CCCGCCUCACCGCCCCCCUGCCCUGCCGCCCCCCAGGGGGCCGAGGAGAAGCCAUGUUCCUGAGCCCCGGGGAGGGGCCGGCGGCAGAGGCGGGGGGCCCGGGCCCCGGCGAGGAGACCCCCAAGAAGAAGCACCGCAGGAACCGCACGACCUUCACCACGUACCAGCUGCACCAGCUGGAGAGGGCGUUCGAGGCGUCACACUACCCAGACGUGUACAGCCGCGAGGAGCUGGCGGCCAAGGUGCACCUGCCCGAGGUGCGCGUGCAGGUGUGGUUCCAGAAUCGCCGGGCCAAGUGGCGCCGCCAGGAGCGUCUGGAGUCAGGCUCUGGGGCUGUGGCAGCCCCAAGGCUCCCCGAGGCCCCGUCGCUGCCCUUUGCCCACCCGCCAGCCAUGCCACUGCCCCUGGAGCCCUGGCUGGGCCCUGGACCCCCCGCCGUGCCGGGCCUCCCACGCCUCCUGGCCCCGGGCCCCGGGCUGCAGGCGUCGUUCGGGCCCCACGCCUUUGGUCCGGCCUUCGCGGAGGGCUUCACCCUGGAGGAGGCGUCCCUGCGGCUGCUGGCCAAGGAGCACGCGCAGGCUCUGGACAGGGCCUGGCCACAGGCCUGA